AGGGAGGGCAGAGAGCGGGGUGUAAAGGGGGGAAAAACCGAAAUAAUUCAUCAAUUAAAAAGGAUUUAAUUUGCUUCGGCGCCUUUUUUUGGUUCGUUCCCACAACCAACAACUUCUGUAAGAUGGAAAAUGAACGAUGAGGGUCGUGAGGGAGCCUGGAGCCUGUCCCAGGGGACUCUGGGGGCACAAGGCGGGGGACACCCUGGACAGGGUGCCAACCCAUCGCAUGGCACAAUCACACACACACUCGCACACUAUGGACAAUUUGGAAAUGCCAAUCAGCCUACAGCACAUGUCUGUGGACUGGGGAGGAAACUGGAGUACUUAAAGGAAACCCCCGAAGCACAGGGAGAACAUACAAAAUCCAUGUACACCGGGCGAACCUCCAACCCUGGACGUGUGAGGCAAACAUGCUAACCACUAAGCCACUGUAUCCCCCUGUAUCACGGGCAUGUUCGUUCGUUCUUUCUUCUACUUUUUUUUUUUUUUUUUUGAUACGACACCUAUAUCGGACGUUUGAGUAUUGGUCGAUACGCAGCAUUGAUGUGAACUGACUCUCAGGCAGCAGCAUGCUUUAAGACAGAUCGUGUCCUACGUUCACGUACACGGAGCGUUACAGGGUGCAGCUAACUGACUGAAUCAUGGCUCAGUUUCCCACGCCCUUUGGAGGGGGGCUGGACACGUGGGUUAUCUCUGCGGAUGAGCGAGCCAAACAUGAUCAACAGUUCCAUAGCCUGACCCCCACACCUGCUGGCUUCAUCACAGGUGACCAGGCCAAGAAUUUUUUCCUGCAGUCAGGCUUACCUGCCCCUGUUCUGGCCCAGAUAUGGGGUCUGGCCGACAUGAACAACGAUGGCAAGAUGGAUAUGCACGAGUUCUCCAUCGCCAUGAAGCUAAUCAAGCUGAAGUUGCAGGGUCAUCCGCUGCCCCCGAGCUUGCCCCCUUCCAUGAAGCAGCCGCCUCUCUCUUUACCUCCUCCAGCUCCUUUUGGAAUGCCCAGUAUGGGCCCCAUGACGGGUUUACCAGCAGUGCCACCCAUGCCCCUCCCACCUCUUCCUCCUGGGGUACCCGGGAUGGGCAUGUCACCCCCAUUGGUGUCGUCGGUGACUCCUCCUGUACCUCCUAUGGCCAAUGGAGCCCCUUCGAUGAUGCAGCCCAUAUCAGGCUUUUCACACCCAGCCACAGCUGUCAACAAAACCUCUUCUUUCAACCGCUCCAGUGCCAAACUUCCCAAAGGCCAGUCUUUUGAGAUACCCAGUGCUCCUGCGGCCCCUGUACCCACCGAUUGGGCCGUGCCCCAGUCAUCACGGCUAAAGUAUCGCCAACUCUUCAACAGCCAUGACAAGAUGAUGAGCGGCCAUCUUACAGGACCACAGGCUAGGACUAUUCUCAUGCAGUCCAGUUUACCACAGACCCAGCUGGCUACCAUUUGGAACCUAUCAGACAUCGAUCAGGACGGAAAGCUCACAGCUGAGGAGUUUAUUUUGGCCAUGCACUUGAUUGACAUGGCCAUGUCUGGCCUGCCCCUCCCACCUCUGCUCCCACCGGACCUUCUUCCCCCGACUUUCAGGAGGGUGCGUUCAGGAAGCGGUGUCAGUAUAACCAGCAUACACGCUACAGAUCAGCGAGUCCAGGAGGAGUCUGCAGAAGAAGAAGAGAAAGAGGCAGAAAAAAAGCUUCCAGUCACCUUUGAGGACAAGAAGCGGGAGAACUUUGAGCGGGGAAACCUGGAGUUGGAGAAGCGGCGACAGGCCCUGCUGGAGCAGCAGCGUAAGGAGCAGGAGCGCCUGGCUGCUCUCGAGCGCGAGGAGCAGGAGCGGAAGGAGCGGGAACGGCAGGAGCAGGAGCGCCGUCGACAACAGGAGCUUGAGAAGCAGCUGGAAAAGCAGCGAGAGCUGGAGAGACAGCGUGAAGAGGAGCGGCGCAAGGAGAUCGAGAGGAGAGAGGCCGCCAAGCGGGAACUGGAGCGGCAGCGGCAGCUGGAGUGGGAGAGGAACCGCAGGCAAGAGCUACUGACCCAGAGAAACCGGGAACAGGAGAACAUUGUCCUGCUCAAAGCGCGCAAGAAAACCCUCGAGUUUGAACUGGAGGCUUUGAAUGAUAAGAAGUCUCAGCUGGAAGGGAAGUUGCAGGAUAUUCGUUUCCGUCUGUCCACUCAGAGGCAGGAGAUUGAGUGCACUAAUAAGACGCGAGAGCUCCGUAUCGCUGAGAUCACCACGCUGCAGCAGCAGCUACAGGAGUCUCAGCAGUGGCUGGGGAGGCUGAUUCCUGAUAAGCAGUGUCUGAAUGAUCAGCUGAAGCAGGUGCAGCAGAACAGCCUACAUAGGGACUCUCUGUCCAACCUGCAGAAGGCCGUGGAGAUGAAGGAGUCGACGAGGCAGCAACUCCGCGAGCAGCUGGAAGCCGUGGAGAAAGAGACGCGCUCCAAACUGCUAGAGAUAGACUCAUUUAAUGCACAGCUGAAGACAGGUGCAGAGAAGUGUGGGCUAACCGAGUCGAAGGAGCUCAGGGAAAUCCACAACAAGCAGCAGCGGCUAAAGCAAAAAGAGUUGCAGCCUGCACUGGAUGCCAAACCUGCAGAGCUGCAGGAGAGCAGACUUUUGGCUUCUGAUGACAGAGUGUCUCCUGCCUGGCGGGACUCUACGUUAGCAAAGGACCCCACACCGCCUGCCUCUGAGCCCUGGGUCAGCCACCUGGGAGAGGAAGAGAGCCAGAGCUCUAGAGGAGAUGUGCAGGACAAAUUGUCCAAGCUGUUUCUGCAGCAGCCAGAGCCAAACAAACAGCUGGGGCAGUCACCCUGGCCUACAGGAGAUAAGGUGUCCAUGUCUGGUUUUAACCAGGAGAAGGUCAGAGUGGUGUACUACAGAGCACUUUACCCUUUCGAGGCCCGCAGUCAUGAUGAGAUCAGCAUCCAGCCUGGAGACAUAGUCAUGGUGGACGAAUCUCAGACGGGCGAACCAGGAUGGUUAGGAGGAGAGAUCAAAGGAAAGACCGGCUGGUUUCCUGCUAACUAUGCAGAGAAGAUUCCAGAAUCCGAAGUCCCUCUCAGUCUGAGAGCCAGCGCCUUCACCUCCAAGCUGAGUACACACACCACCCCCAACUCGACCCCACCCACAGCCAUGCAACCCGUCACCACAGAGACAGUUGUGGUGGCUCCACCCCCUACAGCUCCAGCCGCUCCAGCCGCUGCCUCCUCCUCAUCAUCUGCUUCUAGUAACUGGGCAGAUUUUAGCACUACAUGGCCGACGAACUCAGCGAUGGAGAAGCAGGACGCUGAUGGUUGGGAGGCGUGGCCAACCCAACCGACGCAGCCCUCUCUGUCUGUGCCAACUGGAGGGCAAGGCCGACAACGCUCAGCCUUCACUCCUGCCACCCUCUCUGGCUCCUCCCCCUCACCUGUGCUCGGACAGGGGGAGAAGGUGGAGGGGAUGCAGGCUCAGGCUCUGUACCCGUGGCGGGCAAAGAAGGAUAACCACCUGAACUUCAACAAGAGUGACGUGAUCACCGUACUGGAGCAGCAGGAUAUGUGGUGGUUCGGCGAAGUGCAGGGCCAGAGAGGCUGGUUCCCCAAAUCUUACGUCAAGCUCAUUUCCGGACCCGUGCGCAAGUCCAUGAGUAUUGAGUCAGGAUCCUCUGAUAGUCCACCCACCAUGAAGAGGCCCAGCCCUACUCCUAACAAACCCACGGAGCUUGGUGAAGUUUCCACAGAGUACAUAGCGAUGUACACGUAUGAAAGCAGCGAGCAAGGUGACCUGACCUUCCAGCAGGGUGAUGUCAUCACCGUGCUUAAGAAAGAGGGAGAUUGGUGGACGGGAACAGUAGGAGGCAAGACGGGCGUGUUCCCCUCCAAUUACGUCAAGCCCAAGGACUCUGAGGGUCUGGGGCCUGCUGGGAAAUCCGGAAGUUUGGGAAAGAAACCAGAGAUCGCUCAGGUGAUUGCCCCCUACACUGCCACUGGGUUAGAGCAGCUGACUCUAGCACCUGGCCAGCUCAUCCUCAUCCGCAAGAAGAACCCCGGGGGCUGGUGGGAGGGAGAACUACAGGCCAGAGGAAAGAAGCGUCAGAUUGGCUGGUUCCCAGCUAAUUAUGUGAAACUCUUAAGCCCAAGCACCAGUAAGACCACGCCCACUGAGCCAACUCCGCCCAAACUGCCUACACCAAAUGCAGUGUGCCAGGUGAUCGGCAUGUACGACUACACGGCUCAGAACGAUGACGAGUUGCCCUUUGGGAAGGGGCAGAUCAUCAACGUGCUGAGCAGGGAGGAUCCUGAUUGGUGGAAAGGCGAGCUGAAUGGUUCCAUCGGCCUUUUCCCUUCCAAUUACGUCAAACUGACCACCGACACAGACCCCAGCCAGCAAUGGUGUGCUGACCUCCACCUGCUGGAUAUGUUGACCCCGAUGGAGAGGAAAAGGCAAGGCUACAUCCACGAGCUCAUCGUCACCGAGGAGAACUACGUCAACGACCUGCAGUUAGUCACCGAGACCUUCCAGAAGCCUCUGCUGGAGUCGGAGUUGCUGACUGAGAAGGAGGUGGCCAUGAUCUUUGUCAACUGGAAGGAGCUCAUCAUGUGCAACAUCAAAUUGCUGAAGGCGUUGCGGGUAAGAAAGAAGAUGUCGGGUGAGCGCAUGCCUGUGAAGAUGAUCGGUGAUAUACUGACAGCACAACUGCCCCACAUGCAGCCCUACAUCCGCUUCUGCAGCUGUCAGCUCAACGGCGCUACCCUCAUCCAGCAGAAGACAGACGAGGUGCCCGACUUCAAGGACUUUGUCAAGAGGUUGGCCAUGGAUCCUCGCUGUAAAGGAAUGCCUUUGUCUAGUUUCCUGCUCAAACCCAUGCAGAGAGUCACCCGCUACCCUCUUAUCAUCAAAAAUAUUCUGGAGAACACUCCGGAAAGCCACCCGGACCACAGCCACUUGCGUCAGGCUCUGGAGAAGGCCGAGGAGCUGUGCUCGCAGGUGAACGAGGGCGUGCGUGAGAAGGAGAACUCGGACCGCCUGGAGUGGAUACAAGCGCACGUGCAGUGUGAGGGGCUGUCUGAGCAACUGGUAUUCAACUCGGUGACGAACUGCCUCGGCCCUCGUAAGUUCCUGCACAGCGGGAAGCUCUACAAGGCCAAGAGCAACAAGGAGCUCUAUGGUUUCCUCUUCAACGACUUCCUGCUCCUGACGCAAGUCACCAGGCCGCUGGGCUCCUCGGCUUCCGACAAAGUGUUCAGCGCCAAGUCCCACCUGCAGUACCGCAUGUACAAAACGCCCAUAUUCCUGAACGAGGUUCUGGUGAAGCUCCCUACUGAUCCAUCUGGAGACGAGCCCAUCUUUCAUAUAUCGCACAUAGACAGAGUGUACACCAUACGGGCAGAAAGCAUUAAUGAGAGGACCGCAUGGGUGCAGAAGAUCAAGGCUGCGUCUGAGCUUUUUAUUGAGACAGAGAAGAAGAAAAGGGAGAAAGCAUAUCUAGUGCGGUCUCAGAGAGCUACAGGCAUUGGUAGACUGAUGGUCAACAUUGUAGAAGGAAUUGAGUUGAAACCCUGCCGCUCUCAUGGUAAGAGUAAUCCAUACUGUGAGGUGACCAUGGGCUCACAGUGUCACAUCACUAAGACCGUGCAGGACACACUGAACCCCAAGUGGAAUUCUAACUGCCAGUUUUUCAUUAAAGACCUGGAACAGGAUGUGCUGUGUGUAACUGUGUUCGAGAGGGACCAAUUCUCACCUGAUGAUUUCCUGGGCAGGACAGAGAUUCGGCUGGCGGACAUUAAAAAGGAUCAGGGUUCGAAAGGUCCGAUCACUAAGAGGCUUCUCUUACACGAGGUCCCCACAGGAGAAAUAGUGGUCAGACUCGACCUGCAGCUAUUUGAUGAACCCUGACCCUCGUGAACUUUGACCUCCUCCACCCUAGAUUCCACAUUUCCUCCUGUACUGUGUUACCAGCCUAAUGUGACAAUCCCACACCACUCUACACCCUGUCCGUGUGUGUGUGUGUGUGUGUGUGUGUGUGUGUGUGUGUGUGUGUGUGUGUGUGUGUGUGUUAGAGAGAGAGGAAGUACGAGGGGAUGGAUGUCAAUAUCAGAGUAAGCUGUAACAGUCUUAAACAAUCAUUCAUUUUCAUUUUUUAAAAAUUUCACUUGAAAGAAUAUUGUGGUUUAUAGACAUGUGUUAAAGGGAUACUCCGGUGUUUCUCAGCGUAAUGUUUCGCCACAGCAUAUGUAGUGUUUACUUCCACAAACAAAAGGUUUGGAGCAUUUCUCUGUAGUGAGAAAAGAACAAAAAAACUGUUUACUCAGAACUCACUUACAAUGGAAGUAUAGGGGCAGUUGUUAAAGGUGUAAAAUGCGUGGCUGUACAGUGAGAUGCAAAUUCGAAACGAAAGCCAUUAAUGGUUUUAUCAUGGAUUAGAAAAGAGAGAAAAUGAUUACAAAAGCUGUUCACAUUGUUUUGUAGUUCGCAAAUACAGUAUUCAAAAUGAACAGAUAAUAUUCACGUUCCAGCAUGACAACGCCCCUGCGCGCUAAGCGACAUCAGUACCUGACCUCACUAAUGCUCUAGUAGCUGAAUGUACACGAAUCCCCACCGUCACGCUCCAAAGUCUAGUGGAAAGCCUUCCCAGAAGAGUGGAGGUUAUUAUAACAGCAAAGGGUGGACAUUCAACAAACACACGAGUGUUAUGGUCAGGUGUCCAUAAACUUUUGGCCAUAUAGUGUACCUUCAAAAACCGUUAAAAAACAGUCCCCCUCUCAUCCCUCUAGUGGAGACUAAUUAUGAAAUGGAGUGAUGUAGCUGAGGUUGAGGAACUCCUCCCCCGCCCCUUUUGUUUCCAGGGUCAUAGUUUCAAAAAAAAAAAGA